AGUUUAAAGCACUGUGCGCCCUCCCGCCUGCUGGCUCUGGCUCCGGGGGUGGGGGUGCGGCGAGCUUGUUAGCGUCACUUCCGGUAGUCUCACGCCUCGCGCGGUAAGAUGGCGGCGCAGUUAACGGACACGGAAUUGUUUUCCGAACUGAAAAAGUUCGGUUUGGUCCCGGGUCCCGUGACCGAGAGCACGCGCCCCGUCUACCUGAAGAAGCUCAAGAAGCUGCGCGAGGACCGCGGCGCCAGGCCUAAAACCAGGAACGGUGGCGGGGGGACAGGCCCGAGUUCGGGCCUGCGCCUCGGCGGGUCGGCCACCCCCACGACUAACCCCGUCACCCCGGGCAAGCUGCUGGGUUUCAGCUCGGACGAGUCGGACGCCGAGCUCAACGGCAGAAGGAGCGAUGCCGGCAAGAGGACGAGCAGGACAGAUAAAGCUCCGGGCGACUGCCCCCGCCCGCGGCCUAGUCACAGCAAAGGGAGGAGCACUCCUCCGAGAAUGGUGAACAGCAACAACAGCGGCGGUGGAGCGGGGCUUUUGGCCGGGAAAGGGAACCCCACCCCUUGGUGGAGGCCGAAUCCAAGCGGCGGCGUCCAGCAGUCGCCGGAGGAAGAGGAACGACCUCCAGGAACCGACAUGCAGAGUCACAACAACAACAGCAGCAGCAAUCGUGUCUCCUACGUUAGGGAGGAUAACUACUCCGAUUCCGAGGAUGAACGAGAAGAAGAAUCGAGCCGGAGGCCCAACUCCAGGCGGAGUCACUCCAAGAAAUUACAGGCCACCGUUAACAGUCAUAACCCGAGGGUGAUGGUGGAGGAGAGCGGCGCCGGCAGGAGAGGCGGCGCCAAACGGAUCCACGACGUCGCCGGCGGUCCUUGCUGUCUAGACACCAGGAGAGACCAACUAGAGGAGGAGGAAGAGGAUCAGAGGGAGAAAGACGCCACAGCGGACCCCACCAUGUUAUUGCGGUUCCGUAAUUCCUCUUCCAAAAAGAUUAGUCCAGGACUGCUGGCUACUGAGAAAGAGAGUCUUUACAAGAGCAGCACCAGAAACAAUAAUCACGUCAGCACCACAAGUAAUUUUAUCACCAGUCCGAGUGGCCCUUCGUCCUCCCUUUUGAUCAAUGCUAAUCACUCAAACCAUACGGGCAGUAACCACAUCUACAGUGCAUAUCGCAAAAGCCCCAGAGAGCCUGAGGAGGAAUUAUUGCAGCAAUUUAAAAGGGAGGGGGGUUCGGCUACUGGUGGAUUCAGUGCACACUACUUAUCCAUGUUUCUUUUAACUGCUGCAUGUCUAUUUUUUGUCAUUUUGGGACUUACCUAUAUAAGGAUGAGGGGUUCAGGAGGAACAGAAGGCGUUCUUAACGGUAAGUGUUGCAACAGAAGCAUCCAAGUUUGCAGUGGGAUAAUGGCAAAAUGCCAGACAAUUUAAUUUUCUGUUCAGAAAAGUGGUGUCUGUCUA